AGGAAGGGAAGAACAGAGCUUGGUGAUGUGACUCCACACAACAUAAAGCAGCUCAAGAAACUGAACUCAGUUGUGUUUCCCGUAAGCUACAACGAUAAGGUAUGGAAGAGCGAUAAGUGAAGAGUUUAGAUUGGUUCCUUUAAGAGUGCAUCUCUUUCCUUCAGUUUUAAGUCAUUAUACCGAUACAUUAUUCCAGUGAAAUACCAACGUGCAUUCAGCAUGAUCGGAGUGGAAACCAUCGAAAAUUACUCACUUUCGCGAAUUCUGGACUUUGAUUGGCCUUCUUAAUCACCCUUAAUUUAUUAAAAAAAUAGGUUCCAUCUUGCCAUGCGUUUGUUUAGAAGUAGAUCAAAGAUGAAGUGAAGUCGAAGUGUGGUAAUAACAAAAAAAGUAGCACACGAGCCGUAGGGGAGUCUGAGGUUCUUGCAGUAAGAUAAAUUCGCACUGAACAGAUAUAUAGAUUAAUAGCUAGAUAAGCUUACAGUACCGCUCAAACGUAAGUUGACAGUCACUCGCGUCUCGAGACUUGAUUCUCAAAACUUUCGAGGAUUGAGUCUCGAGUCUUGGUGAUUGAGGAUCGAGGAUCAAGUUUCAAAGUUUGAGUCGAGAACUUUUCAUGAAAGCGCACUCUUUAAAAGUGUACACUUACCUUUCAUUCUAAAAAUUACCGUUCGGUGCAUUGGGUGAGACUUGUUUGCUUUCAUGUAAAUGAAGCUCAUGCUUUGAAAGCAAAAAUGUGUGACCUCUCACAUGAAAACAUUCCUUAGGAAUGAAUGCAUGGCAAGCGAAUGCACAGCAAGCAUGCAGAUGAGAAUCAGAUAACCAAGCCGUUCAAAAUGGAAUGGCCAAAUGGCUGAACGGAUAAAGAAAAUUUUUGCACAGAUGAAGUCAAACGUAUGCACGGAUGAGGUCGAACGGAUAAACUACUGAAGAAAGUAUUUUUGAACGGAUGAACGGCUGAAGAAAAUAAUUAUUUUUGAACAGAUGCGGUCGAUCGGCCAGACGACCGAAGAAAAUUUUUUAUAAUAAUAUUUAAGACCAGUGUUGUUAACUUCACCCGUAGCCAAAGUACUGGAAGGUUUCUCAGCUAAGUCCCUACUCAUGUGUGUUUGGGACAAGUUGGACAGUAAGCAGUUUGCUCUUCCAGGAAGAUCUGUUCCGCAGGCCUUGGUUUAUUUACUUCACACAAUUUUGGAAUCGGUUGAUGGUGGUGAGAUGUAUGUAAGAAUGUUUUUCUCUGGCUUCUCAAAAGGAUUCGAUCUCGUUGACCAUAAUGUGCUGCUGCGUGAACUGGAUAACCUAGAUGUGGACUCACAUUUAGUGAGGUGGAUUGCUGCCUUUCUCACGAACAGGAACCAGAGGGUGAGGGUGGAGGAGGCUCUGUCCCCACCCAUAUGGCUGAAUGGCGGAACUCCUCAAGGAACUAAACUGGCUCCUCUUCUGUUUUGUAUUUUGUGAACAGAAUGGUCUCUAACUGUACAAAUAGAGUUAAAUAUGUAGAUGAUGCCACAGUCAUGGAAUUUGUUCCCAGGCUCUCUCCUUCAUAUUUGAAUUUUACUGUUUCGGAUAUUUACUCGUUUGCUUCCUCUAGGGGAAUGGUUCUUAAUGGUAAAAAAUGCAAGGAAAUGUGCGUUAGUUGUUUGCAGUAUUGCCCGUUUCCCCCAGGUCCUCUACUGGUUGGUAGCUCUCUGAUAGAAAAGGUUUCCUGUUACAAGCUGUUAGGGGUUCACUUGUCCGAUAGCUUAACAUGGAAUGAGCAUGUCACUCAUAUUGUAAAGAAAGCAGGGCUUCUGAUAUUUCGUGGAAAAAAAAGCAAAAUUUCGCGGGAUUUUCAGGGGCAAAUUCGUGGAAAAAUCGGCUGAUUUCGCGGGAAAAAAGUCAAAAUUCGCGGAACAAUCGGCCAAUUUCGGGCGAUUUUCGCGGGAGAAAAGUCAAAAUUAACAGAAAAAUCAGCCCAUUUCGCGGGAUUUUAGCGGAAUAAAGUCAAUUUUUGAAGGAUUCUUAGGAAAAUCGGCCGAUUUCAGGGGAAAUUUCGGGGGGAAACUUCGCCAAGAAACAAUCAGUAAAAAACAGCCGAUUUCGCUGGUUUUUUUUUUGGCUAAUUUCGCUAAAAUCGAUCAAUUUUGCAUCGAUAUGACCAACGUUGGUGAACGUUUUUUUUUAACGGGGAUAAUCAUUUGCUCUUUCAACAACAGUUCGCUCAAGAAAUGAGCGAAUGUUAAAGCUAUUAACAUUAUGGUUAGUGCCCAGUUUUUUGCAACGUUGAUCUAAAAACGCCUGGUAGUUUUGGGACGUUGUUUACUCGUUGCAGUGACGAAGUUUCAAGCUAAAUUUGGACGUUUGGGGUGAAUAAAACCGAUCUAAUAGCCAAGAUAAGUAUUAAAUAUGUUUUGCUGACAUGUAUUUGGAAAUAUUUCUGGCGGAUUUCGCGGUAUUUCGCGCUUUUUGGGGAAUUUCGCGGGAUUUCGCGGAUCUGCGACCGCGCGAAAUAUCAGAAGCCCUGAGAAAGGGAGUAAGCGGUUAUAUGCAAUACGCCGCCUUAAGAAGUGCAGACUAACUGAUAGGCAGCUUAUUCUUGUCUAUUGUAGUAUCAUCAGGUCUGUUUUAGAGUAUGCGAGUCCCGCUUGGGCUGGCCUCACGCAAUACUUAAGUGAUCAAAUUGAAUCAAUACAAAAGAGGGCGCUAAAAAUUAUUUUUCCUUCUCUGUGCUAUGAGGACGCGCUUAAGAAAUCAGGCUUAAUUUUGCUGUGCCAGAGGAGGUAGGAUGCGUGCAUAACAUUUCUCAAGCGAAGUUACUCUUCUUCUGACCUGCUACAAAGCUUAGUGCCGCGAGUUGCGCACACAAGACCCUAUGCUCUUAGAACAGGAGAAUCUGUUUCUGUGCCUGCUUCCUCAAGAACUAACAGAUUUGGAAAUUUUUGCACCAUCAAAUACCAGAAUCACGUUUAAAAUAGCAAAAUGUGAUAUGUCUUAACAUUAACAGUUAUAUUUACGUGUCAUAAUUCCAAGGUAUUUGUAUGUAAUUAUUUUAUGACCCACCUUGUAAUUCAGUUUAUGCUGCAAAAAGGUUGAAUAAACGAUUAUUAUUAUUAUCUUAAUCCGCAUUCUGGAACAAGCGCCUUUGCAGCUUUAUAAGAAUGAACGACUCGAUCAUUUUCUAAUCUGAUACUGCGUUGAAAUUCAUAGUUUCAAGAAUAAAGCAAAUUUCUUCUCGCCACUGAGAAACAUAAAUCAUAAUGUCUGUGCGUGACUCCUGCAGUUUAAAAAAAAAACAACCACAUUUUCUCAUGCAACCAUUUCUACAAUGUGUAACACUGCAUAACUGACAUGUAAAUGACAAACAAUAAUGACUCUGUGUAAAUGAUACUGUGAAAACAGCAAAGUAAACGUUGUUUUUGUGAUGAAAGUUCCAUACACCAAACGUAUCUCCGCUUCAACUUUCUCUCUGUCCCAAUUGACAGUCACCACCAUUCCUGCAGUUAAAUCUAGUUCUGUUUCGUUGAUUAUUCGUGUCGGUGCGAUUCUGGUGUUUUGCUCUUGGGGAAACAAUGCAUUCGAUGGAUGCUUGCUAGUCUGUUUGCGCAACAAUCUGAUGGUCAUGAUUACUUGUAAAUAAUGACAAGAUAGUGACUAAUAUACCGUAAGCAAUAGCAAUACUGAAAUGAAUUGGCUUCUAUCAUUCAUCAAUUAACAUAGUUUUAUAAAACAGAGCAGAUCAAAAUUCAACAGUUUUAAUUGGGCAAAUGGAGAGUAUUUGCUUUCCAACUUAAUUCACACGAGUUUGUGUUUGCAUCUUCAAUGAGCAGAUGAACAGGCACAGUUAAUUGACACCGAGAGUGCAUUCUUACGGGAGAUACCAACCACCAAAAGCGUUUGAUAUUUGGAUACGAAAAGGUCAAACCAUGACUUGUUCGAACUUGUUAUUUAAACUUAGUCUUGAAUAAAACGUGUAACGAUAAACGGAUGUUGUAAAAGCCAAGAUCAUUAUUCUUCAGAACAUGUAUCGUGACAAUUCAUUAGGAUGGUGAACGCAACGCUUGCAUCAAAUCAUUCACAUUUUUUGACAGGUUUGUCGCAUGACUCCUGCCUGAGCGACCAAGUCGCGAACAGCUCAAGUGAAAUCUGCGGCUAAUAAUAAUGAUUGUUUUGAAUGGAUAGCUCGAGCCGUUUGAACAGAUGUCAAUUUUUUUCGAACGGAUGACAAUGUUUUUCGCACAGAUACCCCAAGCUGUUCGAAUAGAUGCAAAUUUUUUUUGCACAGAUAGCCUGAGCCGUGCGAACGGAUGCAAAUUUUUUCGCACAGAUAGCCCGAGCCAUUCGAAUGGCUUAUGCACGGCAUAAACACAGCUAUCCAUGCCAAAACGGCAAACCGUCAGGAAUGUUUUCUUGUGAGAGGUCACAUGUUCGCUUCUUGUCUCCUGUUGCACCCUGACAGUCGUAAUUCUUUUUGACUUUCCAUUGUUCGAACACCAGACUAGCAGUAAAAAAGAGCCUCUGUUUGCAAGUGAACAAUAACUAAACGACUCUGUAGAUAAUUUCAAAAGUAGGUUGAGUUUGAUCGUCUGUGUGAACGUAGUCCUGAAUAGGACUGUUGUUGUUGACAGUGACUGAAGUUUCGACAACCUGUGCGGUAGUCAUCUUCAGAGUCAAAGUGAGUUGUAGCACGUCAGUUGAUGGUAUUAUACUCUGGUUAUUGAUCUGAUUGGUCAAUUACGUCGUGAUGUUAUUGGUCAUGUGUCAGUUAAGCCAUGAUGUUAUUGGCAAUGAAGACUCGUAAUCAGCAAUUGGUGCGUUUCGAUCUGUCUAUUGUCACAGUUAAACAGUCGUCUAUUGUUGGUCAAAUUGUCAGUUCUCCAGUCGUUCUCUCAUAGUUAGUCUUGGUUGAUCGAUCUCAUCAGUAAGUCGUUUGUACGGCGCUGGUAACUGUUGGCUAUGAUUCAGUGGCAUUUGUUCUAAGUUAGUAAACCAGCUUUCUAAAGUAAGACGUUGAUAGUAGUCUGUAGAAUACGUUAUACAUGUGGCCGAGUCCUAGUCAAUUUGAUGUUUCGUCCGUAAAUGGUGCUCAGCAAUGUGAUUGUUGACGUCACCAUUCCUUGUCGUGCGUUUGUGUUCGGUCAGUCGAGCUUUCAUAGUUUCUGUAGAUAAUCAUACUCAAACCAAAUUUUUCAACCAUAAAUCUUGUUUUAUAAAUAAUUGUUCCAAAACAAGAUCACAGAUUCACACACUUCGAUCCGAAAACUAGAUCUUAUCUAUCUCACAAUCGAUACUAUGAGGCCUGUCUGUCUGUCAAACUCCGAAUCAUGUAACAACUAUUUUUUUUAUUUCUGCAGAGUGCUUGUGCAUUCCUUGUCACUUUCUAUCAUUUGAACGAAAUGAGUUUGAAAUUUUAAUACUGACAUGAUCGUGUGUUCAAAUGUCACUUCAGCAAGCAAAGUUUCCGGUGACAUCAGCUAGAUUUGCGUAAAAGCAAUUCAUGGAGUUACUGAGCCGUGUUUUUGAAUGAACAUGGUGAAUGAAAGGUUACAUAUAUGAAAUGGUUCUAAGCUGCAUUUACACUAACAAGUUUGAAACUUGACUAAGGUCAAAGUUAACAACUCAAAUGCCAGCGAAAAUGUCGCUAUUUAUGACAAAUUAAGUUUUCAGUGAAAUUAUUAUGUGACUUUAUGAAGAUUUAAAUAUGGUAAAAGCAUGAUAAGCAACAGAAUCCCCAAGCUGUGUCGCUCCACCUCUCCAUUUGCUCUAGGUAACAAAGGAAUAGUCCUCUUAUGCUUGAUCCCCAGCUCAUCCAAAAAUCCCUCCAUCUCAUGGCUUACCAGAUUUGACCCAUUGUCUGUCCGUAAUAUCUCUGGAAUCCCAUGGCGGGUGAAGUGCUUCUCUGGACACUUUAUGAGCUACUGUAGUUGUGCUUUGAACAACAUCCACCUCAAUCCAUCUGCCAUAAUAAUCAACAGUGACAAGUAAGCUCUCUCAUGUUGGCUGUGGACCCAUCAAAUCUACUGUAAGGUCCCUCCAAGGCAUGGUUGGCGUUGUUGUUGUCUUCACAUGAUGUUAGCAGGGGUCACUGCCUGGCAUCCAUGUUAUUUCUUACUAUGUCUCUCCACCAUAGCUUCCAUCUUUGGCCACCACACUUUGCUUUGGAGGUGAUCUUUUGUUUUCACAAUCCGUUGAUGUCCCUUGAUUUAUCUCCCAGGGCUCGAGAUUAACUUUUGGGUCUAAUCUUCUGCAGGACCAGUAGGAUUAAAAUUUACUGUUCGAUCAGCAAAUCUUCUGAUUACUCUUAUCAUUUUCAAUUUUUUUCGUUCCAAUCCUCAGGGAGUAUUGCAUGUUUUUCGUAUUCCGGAAUUCUCUACAAAAGGGAACAUUUUGUUUUCCUUUUUGUCAAACCUCAGCCAUUUGUAUUUAUCCUUCCAUGCCUUCUAGAACUGGUUUUUUGGUCGGAGCGGGUGUUUCAGGUGAUGUGUUAAUUUCUUUAUCAUCUGAUAUUGCUUUCCUCAAAAGAAAGAGUACAGUGAGCCUCGCACUUGUUUCCGUUUCGACAUACUUUGGCUCACGUUUUAAUUCACCAAAGAAAAAUACAUAAUGACCUUUGAAACGAAAUUACAAAACCUGCCAUCUUGUAUGCGACAGUGCACUUUAUUUGGCAAGAUUUGCCUUUGGCAAUUCUUUUUGGCAAUUCUUUCUUUUACUUUUUGGUACACUGCAAAAAAAAAAUCACACGUAUUUCUCAGAGAGUGAUAACUUUUCAUCCAGAGGACUAGUGAGGAAGGAAACUACUCGUUUUCAGAAUGUUUUACUUGUUUUGGGCAAGUGGACAACUAUUAAGUUCAAGCAUUGUCUCCCUGGUUGUCAUAGUUUGCGAAGUUGCACUGAUUAUAUAUGCAUGCUCACAUACUCCUCAGCGGUGCUGUUACAGUGUGAUAAAGCAGGUAUCUUUAUCAACUGACUUAGGCCUGUUUCAAAUGUCAUGCUACUGCCAUGCCGAACUCAAUUGAUCGAAUUAAAUUCAACUUAAGCACGGCAGUAGCGUGACAUUUGAAAUAAAGUUGUACUACUGCCGUGCUACACAGCAGUAGCUCGACUUGGUUUCAAGCAUCGUGCUACUGCCUUGCCGAACUCAAUUCAUAAAUUACAAAUGCAUUAGAAUGCAUUUAAAAGUUUGCUGAACCGUUUCUUUAUUAUUGUAUUUUGUUCUAUUCGACUGAAUUAAAUUCGACGUCUGAAAUCAAGUCAUGCUAGUGUCGUACUGCAGUCGAGCUACAGUCAAGCCAGCUUAGCACGGCAGUAGCACGAUGUUUGAAACAGAACUCAGGCAGUCAGCAAUAUUCUGACCUGAUGGUACGUGUCACAUGGUGUACAGCGCAGGCCACAACUUAGCGAACCAAAAUAUACUCUUCGGGAAAGACGAGUCAAUUGCGUCAGGCCAGACGCAUCCAUGCGUCUGAGCUGACGAGCAGAUGCGUUUGCUCUGAAAUGCAUCAGUGCACAUUAAGACUCUUUAGUAUGUAGGUUUUAUGUGUCGGUGAAUGUUCAACGAGCUUAAAACUUGUGGAUUGGUGCAGCACAUGCUAAAAAAACACUACUACAUGUACUAUUAAAAUGUAGUGAAAUUUUCCUUCUGAUGACCAAAUUCGCAUCAAUGACAUUGUAGGUGGCGAGACUUUAGGAAUGGAAAGGAGUGUUUGAAUUUUCUUUUGUCUGAAUCGAAAUUUCUGGCGCUUUAGUAACAUUUUCCUUCACAAUGCCAUCUACAUCAUUACUCUAUUAGUCUCGGUGGCAAGCGUGUAAUGGGAAAUUCUUUUCUGGUAAUAAUCACCGUCAUUCCCUGUCAUACGCGAGACUUUUGUCGUGGUUCAAUUGUCAGACAGACAUCAGUGAAACUUGAUCCUUGGGAAACUCUCUGUUGCCUAGCACGUGACUGAAAGUUUACUCUAAUAUUUAACAAAGUAGUCAAGUCUGCAUGUUUUGCACUUUCCAACCAGUGCGCAAUAUGUAGACUUUGUCUGCCCGAAGUUUGGUGAUGAGAAUGCAAGAAUGAGCUUCUCAAAGAAUGGUUUAUUCCCUUCGUUUGAUUUUUUUUUGCCGCUGUUUCGAUAAGAUCAUUUCAAAACAUUUACUUUGGCAUAUCCUUGCAUGUAUUCUGGUACAAAUGUCGCCGUUUUUCAACGGACUUGAGUCAAGAUUUUAGAUCAAUGUGAGAUUUUAAGAGUACGUUGGAGCUUUGCCUCAGUUGUAUGAAAGCUUGCUGUAAAGUUAAUUCAGAUUACCGCUUAACUAUGAGUGCUAUUAAUUAUUUACUCACUAAACGUGCCAGGUGUGUGAACUAUUGGCUCUCUCAUAAAUGCAAAUUUAUUUCUCUUCAUACCCACGCAUUUUGUCACUGUUGAAAAUUUCAGCUCUUCAAAGAGCAGCUUGUUUUUUUCUUCAGGGUAUGAGCCAAGACUUGCAUUUAGAAAUAAAAAAGUAGGAUGCCAAGCAAUUUUAAAAAAUGAAACCCUGCACAACACUAAAUUUUAUAGAUAAAUUAAUCUUGGUUAAAGUCCCUCAUGAAUAGUUCCUUAGAAUGAGCGACUAUCAAGCUUCUUCAAACCCAAGAAUUUGCUUUGUUUUUCGCAAUAAUGCACCACAAAGUAAAGUUGUUACAGUGAAUAACAAAAGAAAAAUCUUUUCCUUCCUGACGCGUCCGAGCUGAUGCAGAUGCUCGUCAGCGCUGACGCGUACUCUUGUCUGAGCUGACGCGUCCAUUGUGUCAGUUUCGUGUCUGUGUUGUUUCCUUAGUUCUGGCCAGCACUGUAUUUGAAAGGCAUGAGACACAACACCCAUCUCUGCACCCUGGCUGAUUGUUUGGACUUUGGUCCAUAAGUAGCCUCUAAAGCUUUACAGUCAGUAACCAGCUGAAACGACUCUAGCCCUGAUAGAUAAAGAUUGAAUCUCUCACAACCCCAGACCACUGCCAGUCCCCCUUUUUCCACCUGGCUAUACCAACGCUCAACCUCACUUAAGCUACAGCUCGCAAAUGCAACUGAUCUCUUUACUCCCUGCUGCUCCUGGCUAGAAUUGCCCCAAGUCUGAUUGGGCUCGCAUCAGUGACUACCUCAGUUGGAGGGUGCUUGUCAUAGAAGGCCAUUAUUGACGCCUCAAAUGCUUCAUUUUCCUCUUUGUCCCACUGCCACUUGGUUCCAUAAACUUCUUCAUAUUAUGACCAAUGUUCCGCAUUUUGCUUUGGCCAGUUGCAUAUUUGAUGAUCACUGCAUUGUCAUUUUUCUCAACCACUUUGUAUGGCUCUGGCGCAAACGUCGAUGACAGCUUGUUUUCUCAGUUUUGACGUAACAGGACCAUGUCUUCCUCUCUUAUGUCACUUGUAAAUGUAUGCCUCUUUUUAUCUGCAUAUUCUUUCUCUCUUAGCUUUCUGCGCACGUAUCUUUCCUGCAGUAGUACUUGCACCUGGCUUUGUAUGCAUGAUCAGUAAGGGGGGUCUCACUCAAAGGAGCUUAUCGAAGCUUCCUUUCCGUAAGCAACUCAGCUGGACAGAGUGUGGUUUCUGUGUGAGGAGUGUUACAGUAUUGGUCCUGCAACUCUUGUUUCCAAUCUUUUCCUUCCAACUCUGCUAUUCUGAUGGCCUUUAAGAGUGUCCUUUCUACUUCACCAUCACUUUGAGGCCAAUAAGGGAUGCCUUUCUUGAGGUCAAUAGCUAGGUACUCAUGGAAUCCUUCAAACUCUUGUGAAGCAAAUGGUGGUCCAUUGUUGCUUCAGAGGGUUUCUGAUAGGCCAUGAGUACAGAACUUGCUCUCCAUGCUGAGGAAAGCUACCUCACUCCAUUUGAAGUAAUAAUCAACUACAACAAGUAGGUGUCCCUUCCUCAGAACUUCAAGUAAAUCACUGUAAUCUCACACCAGGGACUGUGAGGCGAUGGUCUUGAUCUUAUUGGUUCUGGUGUAGGUCUAGGCCCGAUAGCAGCUACGAAUCAGCUUCUCUACUUGCUUGUCUACCUUUGGCCACCAUACCUUCUCCCUCAGUCAAGACUUCAUCCACACUACACCUUUAUGCUCCUCAUGGGCCAGCAUAAUGGUUUGACUACACAGUUUCUCUGGCAUGACAAUUCAGUUUCCUCGCAUAAUGAGCUGUCCCAUCACCCAUAGUUCAUCUUCAACAGCUUUAUAGUUGGUUCCUUGCAGUGGGGACCAAUCACCAGUAGUUACGGCUUCAUAAACUAAUAAUAAAUUGCAAGGUUGGGUCCAAUUCAGACUCUCUCUUGACUUGGCGGGGGUAAUAAACUAGCAGGUAUAGCAUCAGUAACUACGGUGAAGGUGUAUUCUUCUGUCUGCCUGACAAACUCUUUAGCUACUUCACCUACUGGCAGUCUGCUCAGUGCAUCAGUAGCAUUUUCUUUGCCAUGGAUGUGCCUAAUGGCAUACUUGAAUUGCCGCAUGUACAUUUAACAACCAGCUCUCUAUUCUAGACGAGGGUGGCCUUGACUGUGGACCAAAAAUAGUGACAAGCAGCUUGUGAUCAGUGCAGAUCUCAAAAUCUAUCCCAACCUUGUCACCAAAAUGUAGUGUCGGAGGCAAUUUAACACAUGUUUUGAUGAACACAUAAUCAAGGUGGCAGCUUCUACAACAAGUGAUAUUGAGCACAUGGUCAUGCCAAAAUAUGGGCCUUGACUGUGGACUAAGAACAGUGACAAGCAGCUUGUGAUCACUGCAGAUCUCAAAGUGUAUCCCAUACAGUGUAAAGGUACAGGUAAAACCCCACUUAAACCGCUAAUGCGUCUCACUCAAAGUGGGAAUAUCUUCUUUCCACGGCGCUCAUUUUUCAGCUGGCAGAGUGUACAGGUGGGUACUGACCUUCUUCUUUGCUUCAGUGUGGCUAGCUCACCAACACAAUUAAAGAAAGCAACACACUCAAGGUGACUGCCAUCCUUGUUGCUAAUAUGUAGUGUCGGGAGGCAAUUUAACACACGUUUUGAUGAACACAACUAAUUUAAUACAUAAUGAAGAUGGCAGCUUCUACAACAACUGAUAUUAAGCACAUGGUCAUGCCCAAAUAUGGGCAUACCAAAGAUGGUUAUACACGACAGAUGUUGUAUCCGGGAGACUCCCGGACAAUCUGGAAGAGUUGGCAUAUAUAGCCUGUAUAGCUGGCGGGAUUAACAUGGGAGGGCUGUAUUGUUUUGGCAGUGGAGCAACGAGAAGAGUGGGUAAAAGUAAAUUUGAAAUCCCACCUGCCACAAUGUUUGGGUAUUUUGAAUAGUCUGCAACCAGGCAUACGGAAGUUUCUAACUGGCUGAGAAGCGAUAAAAUGGCAAUCAAAUGCUGAUGUAAAUCUCUAGUCUCUCCCAAGGGAAAGUCAGUGCGUUCAUGUGGGAGUGAAAUACAUGUAGAACUGUAGGAGAAUAUGAACUGUAUUUUAUUCCAAGGAUUGUCAGGCUCGAUUCCUAAAGGUUACAACACUCCAAAGGGUCCAACUUCUAAAGGAUUACACAGGAUUCCACAGAUUCAAUUCACUAAAGGUUCAAAGAUCGUCAAGAUGGCUACAAGAACGCAACACAUUUUCGGAUCUCUCCCAGAAGGCCUAGCGUGCUCCUAAACUCUUACGUCAUCGCGCACACUCCCCCCCGUGGACCGUGAAGAAUGGUCCACCUUCUAUACCUAGAAUCAAAUAUCGAAAAGAAAUAAAAAAUAAUAAUGAUAUAACUCAGUGAAUAUAGUCUCUCUCUCAAAAAUGUUCAAUGUUCAGAACACAUAAACAAACUUAAUGUUCGUCUUGUAAUUCAGCAAUCCACUGUCUUCUUCUUCGUUCUCCCUCGACUGCAGCUCUACGCCGCUCUCGAUUUCCUCUCGCUCGACCUUGAGUUGGCUGUUCCGGUGAUUCAAGUACUUGUUCCUGCUUCAUUCGUAGAACAGCUUACUUCCAGUGGGUACAACAAUUGUAGCGGUCUCCUUAAGAGUCCACCUCCACUUGAUCCUCUCCCUUGGACUCUGACCUCAGCACCUCUACUCUGCCCAUCCUUGCUCAUCAGAGGCCGUUCCACCUUGCCCAUCUUCCAAUAAGAUCUUGGGUGGGUUUCGUCAUGAACCAAUACCAGAUCUCCGACACACACUACCCUUGAUCCUGCCGUCUUCUUCAAUUGGUUAUGGGCAUUUCGUAAUUCAAGAAGGUAUUCUGCUCUCCAACGCUUCCAAAAAUGAGUCAGAAUCAUAUCAAGGUGUCUUGCUCUUCUGCUCAGGUCGUCCGGCGAAAUUCUAAAGUCUGCAUCUGCAGGACUGUCUAUUUCAGGAAGGGCGCCGAGUCUUCGACCAACAAUGAGGUGGGACGGUGUGAGGGGUUCUUCCAGGUCCUCAGAAGAGACAUAUGAAAUGGGUCGGCAAUUUAAGAUCAUUUCAGCUUCUGUAACAACAGUUACAAGUUCAUCAUAGGAAAGCUUGGCUUGGCCGAUUGUCUUCUUAAGACAUCUCUUCAGUGACUUGACAAGUCGUUCGUAAAAGCCUCCCCACCAUGGGGCUUUCUCUAAGUUGUAGGACCAUUUGAUCUUCUCUUGGGCAAAGUACUUAACAACACUGGGAUCAUUUGUAAUCUUCUCAAGCUCCUUAGAAGCACUCUUGAAGGUCUUGGCAUUGUCUGAUACCACUAAAGAAGGCCUUGAACGAUGAGCUACAAAUCUUCUGAAGCACCUCAGAAAUGCCUCUGAAGUCAUAUUGGGCACAACCUCGAAGUGGACCACCCUCGUAGCACAACAAGUAAACAAAUCCAGACCUUACGUUCUUCCUCACUGGUAGACUUCACAAAAAGAGGUCCAACAUAAUCCAAACCAAUGUACGAGAAUGCAGGCGCCUCUUUCACUCUGUAGCUAGGCAGAGGUGGAGCUUGCGGAACCUUAUACGGUUUCCCUUCAAACUUCUUACAAACUGUGCAUCUAAACAACAAACUUCUGAUAAAGUAUCGGCCUCGAACAAUCCAAAAGUUCAAUCUCAACUCGGUGAGUGUUUCCUUAACUCCUCCAUGCAUGACUCUUUCGUGACAUCUCCAUACUACAAGUGUAGUUAAGUGGUGGCUAGUGUCAAGCAAGACUGGAUACUUCGCAGAAUCUGUAAGCUCGCUGUUCCCGAGUCUACCUUGACAUCGAAUAACUCCCUUAUCGUCCUCAAACAACCCUAGCUGGUGCGACCUCAUCUUAAACUUCUCCUUACUCUUCAUCUCUUGUUGUACUUCCUUGAUCCAUAGAAGUUCGGCUUCUUCUAUGUCUGCACCGGUCACACGUAUCUCUGGCUUCUGAUUCACAUCUCCCUGUCGCUGUGCCUUUAAUAGCUUAAUAAACUUCAGAACUAAGGCUGUAACUCGCAGGAGAUGUCCAAGAUUACUGAAGGCUUCACUUUGAAUGAUAUUACACAGCAUAGUAGGUUCACUGUUCAUUGCAAGAGCAGUCGUUACUGUCUUCCGAUCCUUCACCCUCAUUUCUACAAGGCAGGCUUCAGGGACUGGCUCUUCCGCAAUCUCCUUCCGAUUCUCCAGGCCUUCGAAACUAGUCAGCCACUUGGGACCAUUCCACCAUAGCACACUGUUCUCCAACUCACGACAGUCCAUACCUCUAGAGAGUAAGUCGGUUGGGUUGUCAGCCCCUGGACAAUGAUUCCAGCAUUCUUCAGGUACAAGCUUUCUUAUCUCGUCAACACGGUGCUGAACAAAUGGUUUCCACUCCUUCUGGCUCUGAACAAUCCAAUACCAGGCUAUCUUGGAAUCUGUCCAACAAAACAAUUUGUCAAUCUUCAUCUCAGAACUAAGUGCUUCCUUUACGCUAUGGAUCAGUCUGGACAGGACUACCGCGGAUAACAGUUCUAGACGCGGUAUGGUCUGCUCCGAGAGAGGUGCUACUCGUGUUUUUGAAGAUACAAAUCUGACAUAACUUGCACAUGUCGUCACAAUACGCAGAAAGAUCACCGCACCCUAUGCCUUAGCUGAUGCAUCACAGAACCCAUGCAGUUCCCUCGCAAUCACUUCCCCUUCCGUGCCAGCAUAAUAACAUCUCGGAAGAGUAAGAGGUUUAACACCCUGCAGUUGUGUCACCAAUCUCUGCCAGAUUGGCUUGCAAGAACCUUCCAGUGGUUCGUCCCAGUCUCUCUUGUCCUUGCACAACUCUUGAAACAGGAUUUUAAACUGGACUGUGAUUGGAGAAAUCAGACCGAGUGGAUCAUACAUUUUUGAGGCUGUGCUAAUCACGUUUCUCUUAGUAGGUUCUACUCUCUUUGCUAAAGAGGCAGUGUUUGUAAAAUCAAAGACGAGGUUGUCAUUGUGAUAGUUCCAUAGAGUCCCUAAAAUUCUUCGAACGCUAACAUCUUCAACUGCACUUCCUAGAACACUUCUUGAAUAGGUCAUAUCUUCUUCUUCCACGACGUUUGUGUCUACUACUGGUGUUUCAACAACCUGCUUGUCAACAUUCCCUCCAUCUCCAGAAGCUGUUUCUCCUGAGACCAAUCUCUCAUUGUCCUCAAUUCUCUCUUGCAGUUCUCCUGAAUUUGUGAUAAACUUCCCCAAAUUGAAACCUGCUUCCCUGAGCCUCGAUUUCGAUUUCACAUAGAGCUCAAAGGUGCUGUCCACGUCACUGUCCCCCGAUGUCAGGUCAUCAACAUAGAUACUUUCAAGAAACUUCCUGGUAAAAUCAGGGUCACAUUGUUCAUACUGCUCUAUAUGAUGUUUAAUUGUGGCGUUCAGUAAGAAUGGGCUUGAAGAGAGUCCAAACACAACACGUGUAAACCUCAGUGUAAUAACUUUAGGUUCAGCCUUAUCGAUGUCAUCGACCCACAGGAAACGGAGUACAUUCUUGUCAGUUUCAUUCAUAUGGACCAUUAAGAACGCCUUCUCAAUGUCUCCCACCAGAGCUACUCUGUGAUUUCGGAACCUCAACAUAAUGUCAAAGAUACUUUGUGUAAGCGCAGGACCGGCAUGAAGACAAUCAUUUAAUGAAGCUCCAUCUGACUUGGCUGAGGCGUCAUAUACAAUUCUUAACUUUGUAGUUGACUUGUCUCGUCUGAUAACAGCGUGAUGAGGGAUGUAAUGGACGACAUCAGGCUUGGUUUCUUCAUUCACAACUUCCACAAUUCCUCUUUCGAUUUGAUCCUUUAUAACACUGUCAUACUCCUUCAGGAUGUCUGGCUUCUCACGGAGUCAACUCAGCAAACCUUGCAAUCUUCGAAGACUCAACUCAUAAUUUUCAGAGAGUGGUGGAUGUGUAGCCUUCCACGGGAGACUGACCUCAUAGUGGUCUCCCUUGUACAACAACUUCUCAACAAACUCUUCAUAGACACUUGGCGGCUUCACACCGAGAGACUCUAAGUCCCAGAACUUCUUUAACUCUCCCUGAAGACCAUCAUAAGACACUUGAUCAGUAGCACAUUUUAAGACAUGGGUUGUCACAAGAUUACUUCUGUUGAUUUUCUACACUCCCUAAGCAAAUGGGUCCUGAAAGUACCCAUCCCAGUUUGGUGUGAACAGCUGUAGGACCUUGGGCCCCUUUAAUGGUGUGGCCAGUCACCAACUUCCAAUAAUAAUCUGAACCAACUAGAAUGUCAACACCAAGAGUCUCUCCUUCGGUACAAAAGUCAGCAAGUUUGAGUCCAAAAAGGCAGGGGUUAUUUUUCACUGCUAGCUCCACAGGUUGGCCUUGUAAUGGUUGGCAAAUCAGAGGCAAUGUAAAAGCUGACAGUGAAAGAUCUGGUUCUCCGUUUAGCUCUACUCCUAGGGCCACAACUUCUACCAACUCUAAUCUUUCAACGGUACUUCCAAAAGUUUUUAUUGAGACUUGCUUCUUCUCAAGUGUAGGUAGUUGAAGAAUGUUCUUCAGGUUGUUUGUAAGAUAGGUGCGCUGACUUCCACUGUCCAAGAUUAUUCUAGCCCUGACCUUAACCUCUGGCUGUUGAGGAUUGUACACCACUGCUUGGGCAGUUUGAAGGAACACAGGUGUAGUGGAAUCAGUAUGAAAAACGACACUAUUGCUGGCAGUUUGAGCUGUUAAGCAUUGCUGUUGUGGUCCUGGUGUGGGAACUGGUGUUUCAGGUUUCGUUGGCUGUAAAGGACUCAGGUUGGCUGGGCAAAUACUAACAUGGUGUCUGCCCUUGCAGUUAUGACACUUGAAUUUGGCUGAGCAGUUACGACUAAUGUGAUCUUUUCGCAGGCAAACAAAACAUCUCCGUACUUCUUCAAAAGCUCCUUACGAGCUAGUACAUCAGGUACUGUUUGGCAAUCCCUUGAUGGGUGUUUUCCCCUACAGUAGGUGCAGGUGGGACAGUUAGCAUCACCACCAGUUAACAAGGCAUGUGUAGUUCCUUCUUCCCUUCGUUUUCGGUUUUGGUGGAGAGGUUUGUCCUUUGUUCACCGUAGACCCUCCUGCCCUUUCUCUUGCCUCAAGUUCUCUUUUUAAAAAUAUUGAGCAAUUGAUCCAACUGCCAAUCAUCAUCUCCAAUUUCUCUUGUAAUAACAAGACGAAAUUCUUGAGGUAGCUUAUUCAUUAAGAUGGAUGAUAGCAAACCCCCAUACGAUUCACGUGAAACUCCUAAUGACUUUAAGCUUCUCACAUUAGAUUCAACAGUGUCGUGCAGCUGACGUAGGCUUCUUACAUGAUAGUGAGAUGUGACAGAUUCAAGAUUCAACAAAAUUUCCAUGUGACGAUUAAUUAUUUGCUGCUUGUUGCCAAAUCUAGCUUUCAAAAUGUCUACUGCUUCCUCAUAGUUCAAUGCCCCAAGACUUAACCCGGAAAUGGCCUCUGCCGCUGACCGUUCGAGCAACGAGUUUAGGUAGGUAAAUUUGUCAAUGGCAGUUAAACUCUCAUUUUUAUGAACUGAGGCUUCAAGACUAUCCCAGAAAGAAAUCCACUUACUGUGAUCGCCGUCGAACUUCUUUAACUCCAGCUUUGGCAAUUUAACUUGAGUAUUUCUCCGCACAGAUGAAGAGGAAUUCGACGUUGAAGCUGAAGGAGGCGAAGAAUUACUCCCGAUUUGAACUUCAUUUGCUGACGUGCUUUCCGACACGUUCGCUUCGGUAUUUACAUUUGAACACAUGACCUUCGGCGACAAGGCGUUUUCUAUGUUAGCAAUAGCCAACUGAACAUUUUCCUCCAGCAAAUCUGCUCGUUCAAUUUCACCUUCGAUUUCUUCUUUGGCCACAAGGUCAAGAAUUUCUGCAUCAAGUUGCCGAAGAGUGUUGAGUUUCUGCUGUAGGCUGUCCCUUUGUUGUUUCAGCUUGAUUUCGUGUUCCCGCACUUGAGAAAUGUCUCCUCCUCCAAGGACAUCAAUAACAGAUGAAAUAAUACGUUUCGCACUUGACCUGUGCCCUGCACGCUGCCGUCGCUUUCUGGCGAGUUCUUCAGCCAUAACACAACACAACUUCACAUUAGAAAAAUGGGCGGAGUAUACUAUGAAGUUUUCUUCAUUUUGACUGAGCGAAUGUUAUCUUUGUCGAUUGAGAGGUCAUGAGUCAAUAGCCCAUUCAGCCUUCGGCCUCAUGGGUUAUUCACUCAGAACCCAUUCGAGCUCAAGGAAUAAUUGUUAAAUACAGUUACUGUGCAGGGCCUACCCUGGUGAAAAUCUUUCAAGGGUCUUUGAAGAUCCUUGAAGAUUUGCAUGAAGAUCCUAGAGCAGAUCUUUAAGGAUCUUUAUUAACAAUCCUCAAAGAUCUUCAAAAUUCUUGCCAAGGUCCUCAAGGUUCUUGCAAAGAUCGUCAAGGAUCCUGGAAGUUCUUUGCAUGUAUCUUGAAGGUCUUUGUUGGAAUCUUCAAGAUCUUUGUAAAAUCCUCAAAGAUCUUGGCCUGCUAGAUUUAUGUAUAUUGGGUUCUCAUGGACUAACUUGAUUUAGUUAUUGCUCUGCAGUUUUACAAGGAUGUACUCGAGGUUGGAGAACUAGCAAAACUAGGUAAUUUCUGUUAUAAUCAAAUGAAAUGAUGGAGAUAGCUUAUUUAUGUAAUAACACUAUAUAUGUACAAACAGUGAGCAACUUUAUAGGUGAAUGUGCCUUCCCUCGUGGCUGUUGCUAAAGGUUGAUAACUUAUCUCAGACAGAAUACUGUCGUUUGCAUUUAAGCAUGGACACAAGGCAAAAAGCGUGUUCUGAUAGGGUGCCAAAAAUUUGAAGUUUGACAGCCAUUAAAGCAAACUGUCGUGCCAAAGGUAAUGGUUUAUGGUGUUGACAUGUUUUUGAUCAGCGUGUCCCGCUCAUCUAUUUUUCUUGUCUUUCAGGACUAUUUCUUGCUUAAAAACAGCUCACUUGCUUUUAACAAUUAUUUUUUGGAGUUUUACAACUCCAGAAAUUCUUCUAAAUGUCUAAUGUUUCUUGCGAUGAAUAUUUUAUUGAGCAUAUGAAAAUAAACCCCAAACUUUGAAUGUUUGGUGGCAAAAUAUCUCAUGUUUUCACCCAGUCAGAACCUAUUUUUCAGCCAUGUGUACCACUUAGAUGCAACCAACGGUAAAAAAUGUCAAUUUAGGAUAAUUUUGUGUAUGGGUAAAGGCACAAAGUAAUGACUUAAGCACAGAAUUUACCUAAAACAGCAAUCAAACACCUGAACUGGCACUGGCUAAAAAAGUUUGUUCCCCACACUUGUUUAAAAUGUUACUUGCUCAGCGCCACCUCUGAAAGCUUUCUAAGCCAUGGGGUGGCAGGAGUUUCAAUAAGCACCAAUGUUCAACAAAACUAGUUGGCUACAUGUACAUAGCUUAUAGAAGUCAGCUGCUGUAGAGAAAGAUUCUGUCAGAGCUUAAAUUAAAGAUCAAUUUGAUUGACUUGAACAUACUUUUUAUCUCAAUUUUAAAACAUAAUCAAAAGGUGUUGUACAUGUAGUUUCAUAUGAAAUUAUGUGAAGGUUCUCUGAGGUAGUAACAAAUGAUAAAAGAUGGGCAGAAAAAGUUCUAGUGUCUCUUUUUUCUCUCUUUCUUUUGUGCUCGGCUCUUUUUUCAGAAUGUACACGACUUUUGGCCUGAAACUGCUCAAAUACAUAUAAAAUGUAAGUCUUCCAGGGCUAAAUAGCUUUCUUAUUACUAGUUCAAUGAACUGGUUUUAAUCUUCAGUUCUUUUUUGCUGUUCUAGCCUAUUACAAUGACAUUGUUGUUGGUGCAGUGUGUUGUCGUAUUGACCAGACUGAAGAUGCCAGAAGGUUGUAUAUCAUGACUCUGGGGUGUUUAGCCCCAUAUAGAAGACUGGGAAUUGGUAUGUAUGCUGACUGGACAACAUUAUUUUAAGCCAUAAUACAUGUAGUAGGUGGAAUUAUGAUCAUCUUGAUGAGUGUAGUCCUUAAUGGGCUGUUGUUGAUAAUUUGACUCUUGAACAACCUGUGUGGUACAUGUAUAGAGUCAUCUUCAGAAUCAAAGGGAACUGUUUCCUGUCAGUUGGUGGUGUUAUUAAAACUAUGGUUAUUGAUCUGAUUGAUCAAGUGGUGGUGGUAUUGUGAUGUCAUCUGUUGUAACGGUCAAGGACAACUUUGUCAUGUAACUUGGGAAGAGAUCUUCUAAACCAUACCAGAAUAAGUACAUCUUUCCCCACUGUGGUGUAAAUGACAUUGUGAACUAAAGCUAGAAACUAGAAACCCUUGAACACUGUGAGAGUUGUGUGACGUAUUGCGUUACACUAUAACUCGUUGUGUUGUAUAUGUAGUGUGAUUUAUGACUUUAUUGUUUGAGCCUGCAAUCCUCGUGGUCGCAGAUUGCCACCAUGUUUGUGUUAGUAAGAGAUUUGGUGAUUAAAUCGUAAUAUUCUGUGGGCAAACGUCUUCCCUUGUUCACAACACCCACUACCCACCUGCACUUCCUUCCAAUCUAAUCCCCUCAUCCUAAAAGCUUUCACCAAAACCUUUUCCUUUUGAAAUGAAGCCUUGUAAAUGUCCAGCAAAAGAAAAAAAUUCGGGGGCUGUAAGAAUUCUCUGAAAAUAGUGCCUGUGUACAGUUCUCUUGCAAACCAUUCAUCUGGCUAACAUUAGUUUUUAUGGGCUUAUUUUUACCAUGUGAUACAUGGUGAGUGUUUGAUGCAUGUGAAGUAAGUUGUUUUCAAGUACUGGGUUAAACUGGGUGAACAAUUUACAGUGCCUGUAUGUAAAAGUGCCCAGAUAUUAUGGAGAGGACUAAAGAGAAUUUAUAACUGGGCGUGCCUUGGGCCCUUUUUCUUCCUCUGAAAAAUAUUUCAGUCACUUGAAUCAAUUGAAGAUGGUCCUUAUUCAGCGACCAAAGUCAUCUCAAAAGCACACUCUCAAAAAGAAGAAGUUUUCUCACACCAAGCAACAUACACAAAUCAUUCAAUAAGGGAAUGAUGAUUACUAUACUUGACAGAUGGCGAUUUUAAGCUUGACAAAUCAUAUUUGUAAGCGGCUGCAGAAAUAAGAGCAGCAUUGAAAGCUUCAAAAAGACUGAUACAAUGACAAAAACAAAUAUUAUAACAGAAAGCCUCAUGGCUAUUAUUGACAAUGAAGCUAGUACAGACCAAGGCCCCACUUUGAAAGCCACUGAAGCUCAAACCAUCGAAACACAGAGCUUGAAACUCUUUUCACAAACUCAAAGGAAGAAUAAAUUAAAAACGUCAAAAACGUCAAAAUUAAUUAUUAAUUUUGAGAGACCUGAAUAUGACCCAUUAUUUUCACCACACAAGUUAAUUUCUACAACUGCACAUGAAACUGUCACCGUUCUUUGGGUUAAAUAUUGAAUUUAUAGUGAAAAUACCGUGGAAACACAUUGAUAGUCACCAAUGGGUCAUACAAAAUUGGCCAUAUUAACAGGGUGGCCACAUUACUGGGACUGGGUCAAAUUUCAUGACUUAAGGACCGUAAUGACAAAUACACUGUGCAUUGCCUUUGCACUUCUCAGGGGCACCCCAUGAUGAUUUCCUCCUAAAUACACUGCAAAGUCUUUUUAGGCUAUCCAGAGUACUUUUAGAUCUCUAGAAAUGCAUUCUAACCGGGGCUAUAAAAUUUGUAUCUGUUUUGUAUCUGAAAUUACAAGGGCUUCAGUGUUAUUUUCCUGAAAAUUUUAGAUGCAACUGAACAUUUUACCAAAGUGAGAAUUUUUCUUGUUCCUUUCUCCACAUUUUUGAAUCCAAAAAGUUUAGGUUUCCUUUUUCUAUGAAAAUUACCCUAACAUGAGUAUUAAUAUUAAAAAUCAAACUUCAGAAAAUCAUUGGGAAUUUUUUAGAUAACCUUGAAAAUUGUACCUGUAUGGAAUGCUCAUCUAGAAAUUUUUAGCCGUAUUCAAGCAAUAGAAAAUUCUAGGCAAUAUUUGCUUCUCCGAACAGAUAUUUUACAGAAAACAGUCUUUGGGUGCCCCUGACUUCUUCUUAUACAUUUAUGUUCUCUUUCUGACGAGUGGCCAUAUUAAGGAGAUGAAAUUGUAAAAGAUUCUACUGUUUGGGAUUUUAAAAUGUGGCCAUUGGCCUUACUAACAGGUGACCAUACUAACAAGAGUUUUUUUAUUAGAAAAUGUAUGGCCAUUUUGCCACACCAAAAAAGUGGCUGGAAUAACAAGGUGACCGUAUAACCAAGGUGGCCGUAAUUCGGGGUUCCACUGUACUUAUUUUGAGAUUAUGAUUAUGAACAUAGAAAUUUGUGCUUAUACAUGUAAAUGUUGUUAUUAUUAUUAUUAUUAUUAUUAUUAUUAUUUGACUUGUUAGUGACUUUAACAAUAUUUGCAACAUACUGGUUCCUGGAAAAGAUUUAUCCUCGUAAAAUUUCAUGAAAUGAACAGAGUUUUGUAGUUCAAUGUUUUAUUUCAAUGUUUGUGCUCUAUUGCUUGCCAUGCCUUUAUUGUGCUUUGCAAACACAAUAAUAUUAUCUACUUUGCUUGCAAAAUGACACAUUUAUUUUUAAGUUCAUUUAUUAAUUUCACUUCCUUUUUUUCUUUUUUUUUUAAGGGACUGUGAUGCUUGAACAUGUUUUGAAAUGCUGCGACAAAGAUGGCAACAUUGACAAUGUUUAUUUGUAAGUGACUUUAAUUGUGGAUAGGUUAGUGGUGAUAGGCGAAGACCAAUUACCAGACUACUAUCAUUUGAGUUCAGUAACGCAAGCAUUCAUUAGCGUUGCACAUGAUGGUUUUGCUCCGAAAAGAUUGGUCAGGAAUGGUUAGUGAAUUUUAUUGUUGGUUGAAAUUUUCUUUUCUUUUGUUUCAAACUCAUUAUCAUACAUUACCAUACCCAAAAACAAAAGAAAGUAAUAUUAAAACCAAGGAUAAAAUUGAACCACAACAUAUAUAAUAACAACCCAACCAUGAAACAUAUAAGCUAGGUAGAGAAGAAUGAAAAUAAAAUGAAUGCUGGUAUCUGACAAAUCCUUGCAAUCUGUAGUUAGUGUACAUGUAUGUUGGUUAAAGUAGUGAAGUGUAUCUUACAUAAUAAGGAAAAAAUAUUGAGAAGAAGGUGACUCUGUUGAGAUACCAGCUCAAUUUACAUGAUACAUCAUCAUCAUCAUCCUUUACUUCACCUUUAUCCAGUUCCUUUUAAGGUAAUCAAGUCUUUUUAUUCUGAAUAUGUUCAUUAUCCAUAUUAUUAUUAUCAUCAUCACCACCAUCAUUAACCCACCUUUCUCAUUUUUAAAGCUUAAAGCUCUCAUUCAUCAUGUGUCAGAUCAUCUUGAUGCAAAAACAAAAAAAUAUCUUGUGGUUCCAUUUUACCCUUGAUUAAAAUUUCAUUUUUAUCUCCCACUACUUGAACCAAGGUAAUUUUUCAACCAGUACAUAAUUAUUAGCCUGUGAAAACAGCUGUAAUCUGUGACACGUCAUCAGUAUGGAAUUUUUGCACUUGUUCCUCAGAUGUUAUGAAACCAGUGGUGGUGUCUUGAAAAUUAAUGUUGGCUGUUUUCUCAGGCUAGAUGAUUACUUCCCAUUGUUUAUUUUCUGGCAGUGCAAUGCUGUAGCUGGUAUUUAGGCCUAAAUUACAAAAUGUAUUAAAAACAAUGAAUUAACUAUUAUGUCUUAAGAAACAGGCUAACUUGGAAUGCUUUCUUUGUGCUUACAUGUUUUGGCCAUUCAUCUUCAAUUCUUUUCUUCCACCUUUUUUUGUUUUUCGUUUGUCUUCUUUUCUCUCCACCCUGUUCCUUUCCUGGUCUCACGUCUGGGUCCUAAAUUUAACCUUGGUAAUACUAUGUAUGGUGGCAUCAAAUUACCCUAAACUGUCACAUUGUCCUGUGUAAUGAUAUUCAAUUUCUACCGUGAUCUACUGCCUUUUCUCUUUACAACUUCUUCACACUAGAAAUGGUAACAUCUGACUCUCUUUUGUUACCUUUUGUUAAGUUCUCCGUGGUUAUCUUUCUUAUUACAUUAUAUUAAUGAUUACAUUAUACUAAUGUCUUUGUUAUAAUUUACUUUCCCAAGCAAAGGGGUGGGGUGAGGAAGGCGAAUGUCAAAAACUUUUGAAUUGGUCAUCAACAAGGCAAAUCCCCUCCCUCCCCCACCCCACCACUAGCCACUAUUUAUAUUACUAUUUAUUUAUGCUCAUUGAGUCAAGGAAGGUAUUCGAAAGGUAUUCACACAAGGCUUCACCUUAAUAACAUCAAUAGGGAAAGUGAAAUUCAAAUUACUGAUGCAUUAUAAGGAAACACAACAGAGAACAAUAACUCUUUUUUAGUAACAGAAAAAAAAAUGUGUUGAAAUAAAUUGUAAUCUAUGACGGAUGUGAAAGACAGGUUACUAAUCAAACUGUCAUACUAAUUUACAGGCAUGUCCAAGUCAGCAAUGAAGGAGCCAUAGGAUUUUAUAAAGGAUUUGGGUUUGAAAUAAUAGAAACAAAGAAACAGUAUUACAAACAUAUUGAACCAGCAGAUGCACAUGUGUUACAGAAAACACUGAAAAAUAAAAAGAGUGAUUGA